AUGUUUUUAAAAGCAAAUAGAAAACGUUUAGAAAAAACAAUAAAAAACCUUAAGAAAUACAUUACGUGUUACUGGGUAUACUGCAAAAAUGAAUAUGUUUCUAAGAACCAGGCUUCAUUCUAG